AUGCAUAUUUCUAUUAAGAAUGUGGAUGGAAAAACAAAGGUCAGCAUAGAGGUUGAUAGCAGCAAUAAAUCCAUCGACCUCAAAAUCAACGAAGACAAAACCCGUUCAUCACAACGUGGUGAACAAACAGCGCAGAUUUCUAGCAAGACUUUGGAUGGAAAGAUGACUACAAACAUAGAGGUGGAUAGCUCCAAAAGCAUCGACCUCAGGAUCGGUCAAUUCAUGUAUGUUUUUUAUAAGAAUUUUGCAGGAAAGACCCGUACGUUAAGGAUGUGGAGCUACGACACAGUCGAAAACGUCAAGGCCAAGAUCCAGGAAAUCGAGGGCAUCCCGCCGAACGAGCAGAGGCUGAUCUUUGGCGGCAAGCAGCUCCAAGAUGGUCACACCUUAGACGAUUGCAACAUCCAGAACGAAUCUACCCUGCACUUGGUCAUGCGUAAAGUGCCCUACGCAUGUUUAGGUUUUAACAUGUAUCCGACGACGGCUGUGUUGUGGGACCUCAACACAUGUCCGGUUCCCGCUGAUUGUGAACCCGGUCGUGUCCGAGCGAUUAUAGAAUCGGCGUUGACAAAGUACUUCGGUGGUCCUCGUCCAGUCACAGUCUUUGCCGUUUGCAACCUAGACCACAUCUCUCCUGUCCUCUUGAAAGAGAUCUCUUCCUCUGGAAUCCUUCUUAGACACACAGUCUCCCGUUAA